AUGAGUCCUCCUGAGUUGGAUCCGGAUGUACUUAUUCUUGACAAUGUGACAUAUCACUUACCUAGCCUCACUCCGGAAGAGCGUUUUCGGUUGAAACGGUUGAAAGUGCGUGAGAUGCAUCGUGGUCAUGAGGAGAUGCAUUUGGAAAUGUUUGUGAUAGCAAUGGUCAGCUUAUUUGUUUGUCAGCUGCUACUGAUGACAUGGAAAAAGUAUCAUUAUCGGACGUAUCAACUGGCUACACUGAUUGGCAUGUGGACGGUCCCAUUUAUGUACAGUUUAUUCGCCAAGUUCCCAAGAUUCAUUGCUAUUUGGUUUUUAUUCUCACUUGUUACUGGAUCUAUGUUGUACAUGGCAUCAAAGCGACGUAUCAGUACGUCCACUCCCAGUUCUGAUGCGGAGAAGGAUACUUUCAAUCGAGAGCUAUCUGGGCUCAUUCGUCAGGCAAGAAGCACUGACAUUGUGAUCCUUGCAGGCGAUUUUAAUGCUCAAGUAGGUCGUCUGACCUCCUUGGAAUCAUAUUUAGGUGGUGGAUUCGGAGUCGAUGCUCGCCGCACAGACAACGGAGAUAGACUCCUUCGGUUGUGUGCUGAUCACGAACUGUUUCUGGCAAGUACGAACUUUCAACAUAAACGUUCGCACCGCGUAACCCUGCGGCCACCAACUACAAAUCGACCGUGGACGCAGCUGGACCACGUGGCCGUCAGCCACCGGUCGAGAGCCACAAUUCAAGACUGCCGUUCCUUCUGGGGCACACCAGUUGAUUUCGAUCAUGCCAUGAUGCGCGCACGUUUGACAGUUGGUUUCCCUUCAGGCCCUCGCAAGUCGGCAAGAAGCAUGCCAAUCCACCAGCUUCGAAGAACUGCCAUAGCUCAACAGUAUCGAUCUGAGCUAGCCCAACAACUCCUCACAGUAAAACAAUACUGUGGUGGCAGUGAGCAUGUGGAUGAAGCGUGGCAAAAUGUGAAAGAACCGGUGGAGAUAAUGCAUACGGGCGAAUGGAAUGUAAACUUUGAUCGCCCUUCGGAAGAAGAAAUAAGGUACGAAAUAGCCGUACUGAAACGUGAGAAGGCACAAGGACCGGACGGUCUGUAUCCAGCCCUGACCCUCAUUAAGGCGCUGUACGCCAACUCCCGCAGCCGUGUAAAGGUCUAUGGGAGGCUCUCUCCUGAGUUCAUCACAUCAAGUGGUGUCCGACAUGACUGUCCUGUUUCCUCUUUCCUCUUCAACUUCGUUAUUGAUACAAUCAUGGAAGACCCGCCACAAGCCUCUAAUGUGUGUGGGGUCGAAGUGCUCCUUGGGCUUCCGCUCACAGACAUCAAGUACUCAGACGACAUAGCUCUUCUUGGAUCUGACCCCGUGGUAAUGCAAACAAUAAUCCUGCCUCACUGUUCGGCAUGUGCUUCACACCUGCAAAGUGUAAAGUGCUACUGCAAGACUAGGCGCGUUUACCGAUGGUUCCUCUUGAUUCACAAUAUAUCGUAUGCCCUUGGAAUCGGUGGCUACGUGCUGAUGAUGCUCACGAUUUUCCAACUAAAUCUUGUUUUUCUCCUUCCAACUGGUAUGGCCAUGGAUAUAUCACUGCUAGCCUUGUUCUAUGGCAUUUACUACGGGGUCAUAUCGCGUGAUUUCGCCGAAGUUUGUACUGACAAGUUGGCUGCACAGAUCGGCUAUCACGUACCCCAAGGUAUGCCGGUUAGAAGAUUGGAUCCGACAGUCUGCUCCAUAUGUACAUACCCGCUCGAAAGCUCCGACAACGAGAAAAUACACCGUUUGAAUUGCACCCAUGCCUUUCAUGACUUUUGCAUCCGUGGAUGGUGCAUUGUAGGCAAAAAGGAUAUGUGCCCCUAUUGCAAGGAAAAGGUCAAUUUACGAAAGACAUUCACCAAUCCCUGGGACAAGCCGCAUAUAUUUUACGGCAAAUUUCUCGAUUUAAUUCGCUAUCUCGUGGCUUGGCAACCUGUGAUACUGGGAGUUGUGCAUCUGCUCAACAUGAGCUUGGGAUUGAAGUAAACUAUUCUCCAAAUUGCGAACUACUUCCGAAGUAUGAAACAUGUCUACUGACAAUAAACAGUUGUUUUUUUCUGCCAAUAUAAUAGUUAAUCUCAC